UGAGAAGCAGCGAGAAGUCACGUGACAGUGAGGCAGUGAUCUUCUAGUUCCUCCACCACUACACCGACGCUCGAAAUCGAGGAUCGACGAUGGAGGAGGAGGAGCCGCCGUCGAAGAGCUGGAGCAUCCACACGCGCCGCGAGAUCACCGCCAAGUACGAGAUCCUCGAGCGCGUGGGCUCCGGCGCCUACUCCGACGUCUACAAGGCCCGCCGCCGCAGCGACUCCGCCACCGUCGCCCUCAAGGAGGUGCACGACUACCAGUCCGCCUUCCGCGAGAUCGACGCCCUCCAGACGCUCCAGAACUGCCCCAACGUCGUCCUCCUCCACGAGUACUUCUGCAGCGACGACGAAGACGCCGUCCUUGUGCUCGAGUACCUCCCCACCGAUCUCGCCGCCGUCGUCACCUCCGCCAAGAAGGACUGGGAGGGAGGGAUCACCGUCGGAGAGAUCAAGCGCUGGAUGGUGCAGAUUUUGCGCGGCGUCGACGCCUGCCACCGCAAUUCCGUUGUUCAUAGGGAUUUGAAGCCCUCCAAUUUGCUGAUUUCCGCCGACGGAAUCCUCAAAAUCGCCGAUUUUGGCCAGGCUAGGAUACUUCUUGCUCCCGGAUUUCUUGAUGAGGGCACUUAUGAUCAGUUCGCCGAGCAGCCUUCAUCAAAUCAAGCAGCUUUUCCUCAAUCGUCAGAAACCGCUGACCGAUCAGACAGUCAGUUUCCUCGAGAGCAUGUGGAAAAGAGCAGUGAAAAGGGGACUGCAGAGCCAGAAGACCUCAGAAUGGGUGAGUUUCCCAAUGAUGGUGACGAAGAAAGUGUAACUCACGAUGGAGCUGCUUCCUGUCUUGCUACAUGCACGACAAGUGAUCUCGAAGAUCCUUUCCAUUCUUAUUCUUAUGAAGCUGAGAAGGGCCAGGUUGAUGAGAACGGUUCCCUUACCUCCUGUGUUGGCACCCGGUGGUUCAGAGCCCCUGAGCUACUUUAUGGCUCCACAAAUUACGGGCUGGAGGUUGAUCUAUGGUCACUCGGCUGUAUUUUUGGUGAGCUUCUGAGCCUCGAACCAUUAUUCCCAGGCGCUUCGGAUAUUGAUCAGUUGGGCAAAAUCUUUAGCAUUUUGGGUAACUUGACCGAAGAGGCAUGGCCUGAUUGUGUGCAUCUCCCAGACUACAAUAUAAUCUCGUUCGGUGAAGUUGAAAAACCCAGUGGUUUAGAAGCGUGCCUCCCUAAUCGAUCUCCUGAUGAGAUUCUUCUUGUAAGAAAGCUGUUGAGUUACGACCCAGCUAGCAGGGCAACCGCGAUGGAAUUGCUUCACGAUAAGUAUUUGAACGAAGAACCUUUACCGGUUCCUAUAUCUGAUUUGAGGGUUCCCUCUAAACACGGGAGUGCUGAUGAGGGUUCCUGGAACGAUUAUGAAGGUCUCGGAUCGGAUUCGGAUUUUGAGGAUUUUGGCCCGUCGCUCGUCACUGGCACCAAAAACGGCUUCUCUAUCCGCUUCUCUUGAUAAACGAAGAUCGGUCUCUGUGGUUCGAAGAAGAGCCUAAUGUAUGUUUGUUGAUGACUCAAGAAAAUUAUGAUCAUACUUGAAAGUGAGAAAUUGCUGGAGAAACUGUGCAAGUCUACCAAGUGUUUUUGGUUAGAUUAUUCACCUAUUUUUAAGCAUUAUAAUUAUACACUCACAAUCCAUGAACUAUGUACAACAUUUCACUUAUACUACUAUUAUUUAUUUUUCUCA